AUGGACUCAAGAUCGAUAUCGUACCGCGCAUGCACACUUCUGGCGCUGCUGUCAUUGCUACAACGCUUGAACGCUUCCCCAUCUUUCCACGCUUCCGACAUCCUUCUGCGGAGGGAUCAACCAAACUGCAAGACGGUCGAUCCCAGCUUACCAGAUACUUUCAAGUGCGCAUCAAACCAGGCUUGCAUAUCAUUAGAUAGCUCCUCGUCAGCACUAUGCUGUCCUGCCAAUUCGGACUGCUCAUCCAUUGGACCCAUCAGCUGCGAUGUCAGCAAACAGGAUCCGGCGAAGAAUCCCUCGUCUGGGGUGCUUACCAAGAAAUUGAACGAUGACCUACCCAGCUGUGGCACGUUAUGCUGCCCGUUCGGCUACACUUGCUCCAAGAAGUCCGAUGAUGAGUUUCAAUGCAAUAUUGACAACGCCAAAGCUCACUUUCUCGGCGCUUUCCCCGGUGCAGAGCCUAGCUCUAGUAACACAGCUUCCUCGACGUCUACAUCCACCUCGACUUCGUCACCUGCGAGUACAAGCAAAGCCGCCACAACCACCACCACUUCUGCUUCCCUAUCAGCCAGCAGUUCUAAUUCGGCAGACGAGGACGCCAAAUGUAACCCGUUCCCUCCUGGGCCAUUUUUCGCUGGGCUCGUUCCAGGUGCCAUCGUGGGGGCGCUGUCCGUACUACUCUGGGUCGGCUUCACUGGGCGUGCAAAAAAACCUCAAAACGGGAGCCCUGGGUCUUUGCAAAAACCAGAGAGGAGACCAUUCAUAUCUGACCCCAUCCCGAUGGGAGACACGAGGGACAGGGCGGACUUCUUGAGGCGAGCGACAAAGAGAACAAUGUCUAUUUUCUCCACCAGGGAUGGCGAAAACCGCGCCGACUCCAAUCCCUGGAAGAUGCCAACUCCGCCGGUGCCAAACAAUAUUCCUGUCGCUCCACCACAGCCGCCCGUGACACCUACCCCGGCAGGAGCAAACCGGGAGCGGGAUCACGUGCCAUCGCUGCAGAGCAUCAAGAUCUACACCCCUCCAGAUCUUGUUCAGUAUCCCAGUGCCGCGGUCUCGCCGCUGAGGACGAAGAAACUCAACCCGGAGCAGCAUGAUCCGCGGUUCGCCAGUCCCUUCACGUCUCCGCCGCGAGUAGACAACGCUCCAACAUAUGACAAUCCGGUACGUGCCGAAGAGCCAAUUGAGCUUGAAGCAAGACCUGCAAGCUCGGUCUACAACCAGUCCCUCCGACGCACCAGCUCACAGUUUGACUUACAGGCAUCCAGACGCGCUAGCUCGCAAUACGAGUAUCCGAUAGGGGAAACAUUAACACCGCACAGGUAUCAAGGCGACCCAAGCAAGAGAGAUACGUCUUUCACUGCACUGAUGGAGCAUUGCAACAUACCAGAUGCAGGAUCACGCGAACCUUCGCCCUCCGCGGAGGAGCGCAAGAAGCAGGACGAGGCAGACCGCAAACGGGAAGAGGAGGAGCAGGCAAAGCUGCCCUACAAGUGGACGCAGACUCUCAAUGAGGCUGAGGUCAGCGUGCCUAUUCCAGGCAACCUCAAAGCAAGAGACUUGGUCGUGGAUUUGAAAAAGACGCAUCUCAAGGUGCAGAUCAAAGGCCAAGAUGCCAUCAUCGAUGGAGAUUUCCCCCACCCCAUCAUCGUCGACGACAGCACCUGGACUCUGACCUCCGGCCCCGACAACACCAAAGACAUCGUGCUCACGCUCGCAAAGAUGCCCAAUUCGCACUGGUGGGCACACAUUGUCACAUCGGCGCCCAAAAUCGACACCUCCAAAAUCACACCUGAGAAUUCGAAGCUGUCGGACCUCGACGGGGACACCAGAGGUAUGGUCGAGAAAAUGAUGUACGAUCAGGAGAUGCAGAGGCAGGGCAAGCCGACCAGCGACGAGCAGAAGAAGCAGGACAUGCUCAAGAAGUUCAUGGAGCAGCAUCCGGAGAUGGACUUCUCGAAUGCGAAGAUGGGCUGA